AUGGCAGUUAAUCUUAUCAAACCGUUAAAUAUAAUAUCAGUAUUAAAAGAACAUCAUCUUCUCGAAUUAUAUUCCUUAAGUAAAUAUACUUUUAAUCAGUUAAAUACAAGAUCAACAAUAAAAGCUAAAACUAGUCCAAAUUCAGAAUUAGUCAUUGAUUACCACGAGGACGAUGAAGAUGAGGAAGAUGAUGAUUAUUUAUAUAAUAAUGAUGAAAUUGUUAGUAACAGCAAUGAGGACAGUGAAGGUCUUAAUGAAUCAUCCGAUGAUGAUGAUGAAGAAAAUAUGGAAACAAUGAAAAACGAUUUUAAUGCGACCAACAAUACAGCAAUAAGUCUUGCUACAACUACAACUACAACUACAGAUAUAGGUACAGAUGCCAGCACAACUACAGCUAUAAGUACAGAUGUUAGCACAACUACAACAACAACCAUAACAACAGGAACUACGAUUACAACUACAACCACAACUGAUGCUCCACAAAUAGGUAAGCUUUGA